AUGGAACUGUUGGUAGGAUUGUGGCUUCACACUACCUCAGUGGCCUUUCAGGACAUCCUGGAUCAAGUUGGAGGCCUGGGAAGAUUCCAGAUCCUUCUGAUGGUUUUCCUUUGUAUCUCCAACCUCAUAGUGUACCCUCAUGUUCUAUUAGAGAACUUCACUGCAGCUAUCUCUGGUCACUGCUGCUGGGUCCACAUCCUUGACAAUGACACUGUCACUGCUAACAGCACUAGGAUCCAUAGCCAAGAUGCCCUCUUGAGAAUCUCCAUCCCACUGGACUCAAACUUGAGGCCAGAGAAAUGUAGUCGCUUCAUCCGUCCCCAGUGGCAGCUCCUUCUCCUGAAUGGGACCUUCCCCAACAUAAGUGAACCAGACACAGAGCCCUGUGUGGACAGUUGGGUAUACAACGAAAGCUCCUUCUCCUUCACCAUCAUGAUUGGGUGGGACCUGGCAUGUGAAUCUCAGUUACUAAAGUCAGUGACUCAAUUCCUAUUUAUGGAGAGGGUGCUGCUGGGAAGUCUGAUAUAUGACCAUUUUUCAGACAGGUGA